CUCUCACAAAGGAAGUUGAGAGAGAGUUGUGACAGGAGAGGUUGCUUUUCAUUUUGCUCCUGACUACUGCAGAUGGAUCCUUUGGGUAUGCCUCAGACCGCAGGAUAUCUGUUUGUUUUUGUACUCGCAAUGAGUUUACCUGCAGUUCAUCCACUUCCAGAUAUUAAUGAUCAGAGUUUCAUUGAUGAAUAUAUCAAGGCUCACAAUUACUACCGCUCAAAAGUGAAACCUGCAGCAAGUGAUAUGAAACGCAUGUCGUGGGAUGACGCCCUGGCCAAAACAGCAAGAGCUUGGGCCCGGAAAUGCAACUUUAACCACAACAAUUACCUGGAGAAAAAAGGCAAAGUCCAUCCUCUUUUUUCACCAGUUGGUGAGAACAUUUGGGUUGGACGUCCACCACAGUCCUUCAAUGCGAGCAAAGCAAUACAAAGCUGGUACAGUGAAGUGAAAGCCUAUUCAUAUCAGGCUAACAGUUGCACGUCUAUCUGUGGACAUUACACUCAGCUUGUCUGGGCCAAGAGUUACAAAGUUGGCUGUGCUGCUGUGGUCUGUGAAAAAGGAAUAAUUGAUUACAAUCCAGCUCCAGGGGCUAUCUUUGUUUGUAAUUAUGCAGAGGCGGGAAACUACGAGGGAGUUAAGCCGUAUAAAACUGGUGGGGCAUGUACAGACUGCGACAGUCAAGACUCCUGUUCAGAUAACUUAUGCUCAAAUCCAAAGAGAGAUCAGCAAAGCAAAUAUCCACAUUGGACUCCAGACUGGGACGAUUCUUCCUCAUCUGCUAAUACUAUUGUCAGCUAUCAGGCUGUCUUGAUUACAAGAUUGUUCUCACUUAUACCUGUUUUGGCAAUGGGGUAUGCAGCCACCUUUCUUUGGCCUCAGAUUUUUGCUUAUGAAUAGAGGGACUGUGGAAGUGUCCAGUGAUACUAUGCUCUCUGAGGUCUACAUUAUAUGGUAUUGUUAACUGUGUUUCUUUUAAAAGACAGGUUUUGCCAUGCUUUUUUGUUUUGUAUCUCGGGUACUGGAGCAGAUAUUGUUAAGGCCCUUCCUGACGCCAACCUCCUUAAGUCCCUUUUAACAACACACAAGAUAAGAAAGGAAGUGCAGGAAAGGAGCUGUUCUGUAAGAUGGCUUGCUGCAUUGUGCACUGGAGAGCUAUGCUCCAGUAUAAAGGAUGGAUUUAGAUCUAGAUUUAACUUUAUUUGCCCCCAGGAGGUCACUUGGCUUUUUACAGGAGCACUUUAAAUUAAUAUAAUUUGUAAAUAGAUACUGAUAAUGAUAAUGAUAAAAUGAUACUGUUACUGUACAGGUGCAACGAAAUGUAGUUAUCGCAUAAAUAAAUAAAUAGACAGUUUGGGCUGAAUACACACCAGAAUGACUAUAAAGCAAGAAAAUCAUGGAGAAAGAAAAGUUCUGACUUGGCUAGCCCAGUCUCAGCGAGGCAUUAUGCAGACGUAUUGCUGUUGGUAUAAAGGAGCCCCAGUUGUGUUUCUUGACACACUUCUGCUGAAUAAUUCGUUGUCUGAAGGUCCUCAGUGUAGAGGAUGUACAACAUUGUCCAUAAUGGUACGUAGUUUUGCUUUAACCUCUCCUUCACUAUGAUCUCCAGGGGCUCCAGAGUGCAUCCCAUAACUAAGUCUGCCCUUUUAUAUAGCUUGUUGAUUCAGUGAGCUUCUCUCUACAGACUACAGCAUAGAAAACUGCACUAAUCAUCACAGAGUUAAAGAAGAUGCAAUGGAUAUCACUAUUCAUAUUAAAGGAAUCUGGUCUUCUAAGGAAAAAGAACCAACUCUUCCCUUUCUUCUAUAGUUCCUUUGUGUUCUGAGACCAGUCCAACCUGCCAUUAGUGUGGAGUCAUGACUACUUAUAGCAGUGGGCCACCUCUGCAGUCACUCCUUGAAUAAUGACUGGACAUAGAGGCACUUUGGUGCAGUGAAAGUCAAUAACUCUAACCCUAACCCUUGGUUUUACUGAUGUUAACAUGCAGACAAUUCUCUUUGCACCAAGAAAAAACCUUUUGCACCUAAGUCCUAUAGUUUGUGUCAUCCCUCUUAUCAAUACACUCCAUAAGUGCAGUAUCAAGUUAGAAUUUCUGCCAGUGACAUGAUCCAGUGUUAUAUUUAUAGUCUGAGGUGUACAGAGUGAAGGGAGAAGGAGACAGGACUGUUCCUUGUGGUGCUCCUGUGUUGCUCACAUCCAUAUCAGACGCACAGUCCUUGAGUCUCACAAACAGCGGUCUGCCCAACAGACAUUCCACUAUCUAGGACACCAUAGGCUCAUUCACUUGCAUAUAUCUGAGUUUACCCCUUAACAGGGAUGGAUGGGAUGGUAUAGAAGGUGCUGGAGAAAUCAAAAAGCAUAAUUCUCACAGUUCUUCCAGCUUUUUUUUUUUUUUUUGGAUUAUUGCUACUAGGGCACUGAUUUGGUUGGGAGCCUUUGGAGAAUAACAUCAAGUAUAGACAGCAAGCCCCGCUAUGCCCCUCUUCUUCACUAUAAUGGUGAAGGGAUCUGGUGCUGACCUGGCCCAAAGACAAAAAAUGAGGAAGACCUGUUGUUACUGGGUUGGGGGAAUAUACCAGCAAAAUCCCAGAAGCCCACUGAGCAAUUUGUGACCCCAAAAUUAAUAUCUGGACUUCCCCACUGAACACAGUUCCUGACCAGAGUCAGCUGGCCUUAUAGCUGUUGAGUAAGGGAUGGAAGUUGUUCCAGUGCAUAUAGUAAUUUUUGCCCAUGAUGAUAUAAUUUAUGUGUAGUUUGAUUGUUUUGGAAAAGUAUUCUACAAUUCUUAAUAUUUUUUAUCAACAUGAUCAUUUUGGAUUGUUUUGAUACAGGCAAGGAACUUUGUUGGUGAAAAUGUUGUUGCUGUCAUCAUGGUAUAUAACAAUGUCAUCCAACAAUUUGGUUGCUCUUUAAGUUCUUUAGCUUCAUGUUUGAUUUUGUUUUCUAAUUUCUCAAACAUACUGGAAGCUAAAAUAUACUUCUGAGAAUACUUUAGUGUUAAUGCUUGAUACUUUUAAUUUCUAUGUAUUUUGGCUUUAACAAAUAUACUAUUCCUGCAUCUGGCAUUGUGACUUUUGCCUGUUUUCGACUAUGCCUUCUACUACUCUCUUUAGUAUUCAUUUUCUGGUUAUUGUUUUUUCUUUCUUUUUCUGUUUCUUGGCAAUUCCAACCUGUCAUGAGGAUAGUAUACUAUUAAGAUGAAAAUAUAUACUUAGAAAAAAAUACUAUAGGAAUCAUUUGUUGUACUUUGUAAAGGUUAAAACAAUUUAGGAUAAAAUCUCGGAAGCUCACUGAUUAGCUAACCUGGGGGAAUACAGGUGGGCUGAGAUAAAAGGUAAUAAACAGGCCGGCAUAGCCUCGCAUGGAAGGGAUAAGUAAAAUUUAUGACAGCCUUCCGCCUCCAGAAGGAAAAGAUGGGCCGAGAUGAAAUGGGACUGAUUUGUAUUUGUGCUGAAAUAAGAUUGAGAUGAAGUAGGGAUUCACCUCAAUUGCUCCAGGAGAUACAUGAAAGAAGCUGGACUAAGAUAAAAAAGAGGUAACAAAGAAGUUCCUCUCUGCCAUUUUUCCAUCCAUGGAGGAGAAGACGACCAUCUCUGCCUUGGCAGCCAUAUUCAGACAGGCCAUGCUGCCUAGCCAUAUGCAGAUGUCAAGCUGGGUCAAAGAUCAGGCCAGAGCAGAACAUAGGACAGAGGCACUUUGCAGUCUACGCAAGAUGAACUCACUAUUACCCAGGUUGUAUUGACAUUAUUAUUUUUGGCAACACUCACAUUUGUUCUCGGCUUACAUUUUGGACAUAUCUUCUGUAAUACAUAAAUAAACGUUUAACUUUU